AUGGCGAUGGGAUUGCAGCUGGAAUCUGGUGAGCCAGCAGGUCUUGUCCUAAAGAGCGCGGAAGCACCACCGCCGCCGCCGAGGUCUGAGGAGCCGCCUGUGAAAAAAAGAAAAAGCAAGAAAGAGACAACCCCUGCAGCGGCAAGCGAGGCACAAGCCGCAGACGAGAUCAAGAAGUGCACUGGAGGAAAAGAAGAUGAAGUUCAGCAUCAGCACCUUCAAGAAAUCGUUGCAGAGCAGGAGAGCGGCGACCGCUGCGAGAACCAACGGCAGAUGAUGUGGCAUGGCCACUGGUUAGAAGAGGCAAAGACCGCAAAGCACGGGUACCUGACGCCAGAGGAAGCGCAGUCGAAGUGGGAUGCAUGGCUAGCGGGCGAAACCGUGUUUAAGGACAACAACGGUCCGCGAGGAUUCAGAAGAGUAGCGGUCCCAGACCGCACCGUGCUUGCGGAUUUCCACGAGAUCACGCACCAAAAGGAGUUGACCCAGACAGAGCGGCUAUCCCGCACAGCUACUGCAGAAACUUUGCAGGCCCGGGCGCGAAUGGUGGUCAGUGAGAGCGCAAAUCCAGAAGGAGAAACGGUGGGUGGUGUCAGUGUUGCCGAGUUGCGAACGCAAGCGCAUGUGACAGGCGUGGAUAUGGAUGCCAUGUCAGCACCCAAUCUGAGAUAUGCGGCGGAGGCAGCUGCAAAGAACCGCCGUCGCGCAAGCAAAGGAGGGCAAAAUGCAGCUGAUGACGAAAACAAGGACGAAAAUGAAUCGCAAGAAAGCGGAGACAAGGAACAGGAUGAGGACAAAGACAAAGCAAAAGACAAGGAGAAGAAUAAAUGGUUUGACGCGGAAACCAAGUGCCGCAAAGCAGAACGAAGUUGGAUCAGCGGCGUCGAAAGUUUCGAAAAGACCUUGAAGGAAUUGCUGCAGGAAUGCUUGAAUCUCUUGGGAGAAUUCCGAGCCUUGGGAGCGGCAGGUGUUUCUGACUUCACCGAAGAACUUUCAAUUCUUGACCGCCGCCAGCGGUGGUUACAUGCCGUGUUGGAAGGGGACGAACCCCUUCAAAAAAUGUUUGAGAAGCAAACUGAAGAGGAAGAGAAGGCACGAGAUUCUGACUCCAAAACAACAUCUGCCGAUUUGGAAGCCUUAGCGCGAGCGGGCCCAUGCAAGGAUUACCGCGACCUCAAAAGCAUCUCAGCAUUGCGUCAGCUAGGAUCAGACUUUCGCCUUUGCACAAGCAACCAGGCCAUCAAAGACACCGCUGAGCAAUGUGGACAGCAGAAGAAAACAGUUUCUACUUUGGUAGCAGCUGUCAAGGCAGCCAAAGGAGACUUGAUAGCAGCCAAAAAACGCCAAGUUGCUACUCAGAAAAAAGAAGAAGAGAGAGCAGCCAAAGCGGAAAGAGCCGCAGCCAAGGCAGCGGCCACUGCCGCUGCAAGCGCGAAAAACAAGGCACGAGGAGAGGAAAGCGAAACUCAGCGGGGCGUGAGCCGCAAGAGGAUAUCCACACAGGCCUGCUUGUUAGACAACAAUUCCGACCUGUGGCAGAACGAAGGCUUUCGUAUCCAGAUCUUGUCACAUGGGCAGCAGUGCAACGUGCAGGAGCCUUUCAUCCAAACAAGUGUGACGCUGCCGGAAGAAACGCAGACUAAGGUAUCCCAGUUCGGGAAGGUCUUCUCAGGAAGCGCAUUGCGGGUAACGGAGGGCCGCGCGCAAAGUGCCUUGCCGAGGAACGAUGUGCUGGCCACUGCCUUGGCCGGCUACCUCCCAAAAGAUUGGUGUUUGCAAGCUGCCGACGAAGCGGACUUCCCAAACGAAUUGCUUCCAACAAUGCGGUCCAGCAGCUUUGGGUUUGCGGCGCUUGCCGUUUCCAGCGCGAGGACAGAAUUGGCCAUGCUUCCUUGCGUUCGUGUCAUCCAAGAGGGCUCCUUGAUGGUGGCAGUGCACUGCCCACAAACGUUUGCAAAGGGAAGCAUGGCAGCGGCACAAGCCUUGAUGGCGCAGGGUUCGGCGGAGGAGUUGUUGAAAGCUGCCAAAGGCGGGGAGCUCCGCUUGGCAACUUUAGGCGCCGGGGAUUUGCUCUACCUUCCCCCCGCUUGCAUUGUGAGCCACAAAGCUCAUGGAGCGGACGUAUUGGGGGUCCGCGCGGAAUCCACAGCCAUUGGAAGUGACAGUUUGUUCAUGAGGAAGUGA